UGAAAUAAAUGUUCAUUUUUAAAUAGUGCUCCUGUUACCCCUACAAGAAACAAAGACAGCUGCAGAAAAUCUCAUUCCAAAGGUCAGAAAUCCACAUUGUUACUUACAGUAUAUAUUUGACCUAUAGGCCCACCACUGUUGCUGAUAAGUGUAUAACGUAUGUAUAGUAUAUAUAUAGAUUAAUCUGUGAUUAUGCAUACAAAGGUUCCGCAUGCUGCUUUUGUCAGAAUGCCAUAAAAUACUGAAAUAUCUUGAUGGUCUCUGAACUUAACAUGAUGUAAUAUCAUCUGGUUGAUUGGUGUGGUUACCAAAUAAACUGACCUGAGCCGUAUCAUGCCACAGCUAUAUAAUAACCCCGAUGAGUAGAUCUUACAGCAUUAAGGUAAACCCACCGGUUCAUAAGGAGUAAAGUCACAGAAGUUAUAGAGAAAUGGUGUAUUAAACACUAUCGAAUUUAGAAGACAGAUCAGGACGUCUGCUUGCAGUGCUGAGUAGCAGCACUGCAGAACAUCUACUAUAGAAAGCUGUGUCGGGACGCAAGGUGAUCUUACCUGUGAGCAGGCUGUCUUUGCAUCAGCGAGAAUGACAUCACAGACAUUAUCACAUCUGGUGGAUCAGUGGAUUGACGUACAAGGAGUCUUGAUAUUUCUGUGCGUUCUGCUGUUGGUGAAACACGUGUAUGAUGUUCGUUCAAGCAACAUGCCACCUGGUCCCUUCCCUCUGCCCAUCAUCGGAAACUUGCUGAACAUCGGAUUUAAUGAUCCAAUGGAAUUUUUCCCAAAGAUUGCCAAGCGGUAUGGCGAUGUAAGCACAUUCUAUCUUGGAGACAAACCCUGCAUACUGCUCACCGGAUAUGAGACAUUUAAAGAGGCAUUUGUGGAACAAGCAGAUAUCUUUACUGAACGACCGUUCUUUCCUGUCAAUGAGAGAAUCAGUAAAGGGAAAGGUCUGAUCUUCUCCGGUGGGCACAUGUGGCGCCAGCAGAGACGUUUUGCUGUGGCAACACUGAAAUAUUUUGGUGUGGGAAAGAAAACUUUGGAAAACUCCAUCCUGCAGGAGUGUCGGAUUGUUUGUAAGGCUCUGCAGGAUGAACAAGGUUUGCCAUUCGACCCUCACCACGUCUUGACCUAUGCAGUGGGAAAUAUAAUAUGCAGUUUGGUUUUUGGAUACAAGUUUGAGUAUGACGACCAGAGUUUUCAUCAGCUGUUGAAGUAUUCGGACGAUACCUUUAAACUGCCUGUCAAUAACUGGGGUCGGUUGUAUAACCAGUUUCCCACCAUGAUGUCCUUUCUGCCUGGAAAACACCAGACAGCAUUUGCCAACCUUUCAAAGCUUAAGCUCUUUUUUCAGGAAGAAAUUAGGAAACACAAAGAGGACAGAAACCCAUCUAGUCCCAGAGAUUACAUUGACUGCUAUCUGGAGGAAAUCGAGAAGAGUAAAGACAGGGAGGCGGAGUUCACCGAAGACAAUCUGAUACACUGUGUUCUGGAUCUGUUUGGAGCAGGAACAGAAAGCACGGCUAAAUCUCUCAGAUGGGCUUUACUCUACAUGGCCAAAUACCCAGAAGUGCAAGAGAAAGUUCAGUCAGAGAUCGAUCGUGUGAUCGGACAGACACGUCAACCGCUGAUGGAAGAUCGGGCGCAUCUGCCGUACACCUACGCUGUGAUUCAUGAGGUUCAGAGGUUUGCAAACGUCCUCGCCUUUAUUCCACCGAGAGUAGCCUGCAGAGACACGACAGUAGCUGGAUAUCUCAUUCCUAAGGGUGUGAUGGUGCUACCAAUGCUAAAGCCAAUCCUUGAGGACAAGAAUGAAUACGACACACCACACGAGUUCAACCCUGCGCACUUUCUGGAUAAACAUGGCAAAUUUCUCAAGAGGGAAAACUUCAUCCCCUUUUCAAUAGGUAAGAGGAUGUGCUCGGGUGAGCAGAUGGCCCGUAUGGAGCUUUUUCUCAUUUUUACCUCCCUGAUGCAGAAUUUUACUUUCCUGCCACCCGAAGGAAAAACACUGAGUUUGAAAAGGACGGUGGCCAUCGCUUCUGCUCCUGAGCCUUUCUGCAUACGUGCCAUACCGCGAUAAUACCACACCUUACCAUAUUAAAAUGAAGGAAUUGACACAAACACAGAUAAAAAAACUAACAUAAGUGCAUGUGUUGUCUGUUUGUAACAUGAAAUGUUUUUUGGUUGUUUUAUUGAAUUGCAUGUGAAUCAUUUAUUGUUUUGCAUAUAUUCAUACUGCAGAAAUGACUAUUACAGAUCUGCCUAAAGAUACCAUUAGAUUGUCAUGUCUACAAUGCUACAAUAUCCGCAGUCUGCAAAGCAUGUUGCAAGAUGUCCCUUGUGAGUUUUCAUGGAUUUGAAAACAUCACCAAACACCUGCCAGACACCUGUGACUUUUUCAUGUCUUAAAAGUAAAAUUCCAAAUAGCAAUAUGCACACCAACUAUGCAUAAACUAUGUUGUGAAAACACUAUUUAAGCAACACGUCUGUCUAAAUAAAGUGUUGGGAUUUUUUGCCUGAAUGUGUGCAAGAAUUUACCACAUUUUCUCUAGACCCAUGGGGCCUCAUUUAUAAAGCGUGCGUACGCACAGAUUUGAUCGUAAAGUGUGCGUAGGCAAAAAUCCACGGCAAAGUCCAUAUUUAUUAAAACUGUC